UCAAUUUGUCUACCAUCUCCGAAUUCCGUGUUAUCCCUUUUGGAAAGAGCUUUAUUUUUGUUAUAAAUUAUUAUUAUGGCUAAAACGGUUGGUAGCCGCCAGCCCCAGUUAAAGCCCAGCAAUGGCAUCUGGAUCAAGGAGUCCUGCUCCUUUCCCGGGAACGUGGUGGUGGACACGUUGCAAGAGCUGCGCGACGACCGGGCAGGAUUGGCCCUCAGCGAGAUCAGGUCCCUGGGCGUCCUUAAAAAGAUCUGGAUGAAGAAGCUCCUCACCCGCCAGCCCAAUUCGAACUGCCGUCCGCCCACGCCGAAGAAACCCCGCCGCCGGACUACGAUAUCCGUCCAGAGGCAGCUGAAUCCGAUCGCUCCACCCACAGAGGAUCGUGUGGAGUGCGACGUCUUCGAGUUGGAGGACGACGAGAUCGUCAAGAAUCGCAUCUGCAUUCCGCGCCUGCUCUCCCGAUGGCGCCUGCGUUACUUUGAGAUUGUGAUGCCCGCCUAUGUGAUCAAACGGGGAUUACUGAAUCGGCACUUCAACUGGGAACUAAUGCACCAGGUCAUGGACGCCACGGAUGACGAGGGCACCGCCAUUCUCCAGCAGUUCGUGGACGACGUGGUCAAGAAUCUAAGUCCUUAGAAGUUAAAAGUAUUUACUUAUAGUAAGUACUAAAUCCUCUACCCUUUAUACGAAAAUUCUUGAUCAGCUUCUUAUAAAGUCGCAUAAUUUUGAUAUGUUUAAAAUGUUAAAUCUGAAUUAUAAGCUUGAAGCGUAAAGCCCGUACUAAAA